AUGCGAAACGGACUAACAAACCCGCAGCGCCCCCGGCCCCUCGGCGCUCCCCCAGCCCCGCCCCCGCGAGCGGCCCGGGGGCGGGGGCGGCUGGCCAAUUCCGAGCGCAACGUGACCCGGGCUAUUCACGUGUACAACGCAUACAGGAAGGCGGCCUCGGUUAUUUCCCGGUAUCCUAGCAAGAUACGGAGCGGGGCCGAAGCCAAGAAGCUGGAUGGAGUAGGUGCUAAAAUAGCUGAGAAGAUAGAUGAGUUCUUAUCCACUGGAAAACUACGCAAAUUGGAAAAGAUUCGACAAGAUGAUACAAGUGCAUCUAUCAAUCUCCUGACACGAGUUACUGGCAUUGGUCCUGCUGCUGCUAGGAAGUUUGUCGAGGAAGGAAUUAAGACUUUAGAAGAUCUAAGAAAAAAUGAGCGCAAGCUGACCCAUCACCAGCGAAUUGGGUUGAAAUAUUUUGAAGAUUUUGAGAAAAGAAUCCCGAGGGAAGAGAUGCUGCAAAUGCAGGAAAUUGUGCUGAAAGAGGUAAAGAAGGUGGACCCAAACUAUAUUGCUACAGUCUGUGGCAGUUUCAGACGAGGUGCAGAGUCAAGCGGUGAUAUGGAUGUUCUCCUAACCCAUCCGAGUUUCACAUCUGAAUCAUCCAAACAGCCAAAACUUCUGCGUCAAGUUGUAGAACAACUGGAAAAAGUCCACUUUGUCACAGAUAUGCUGUCUAAAGGUGACACCAAAUUCAUGGGUGUCUGUCAGCUGCCAAAUAAAGAAGAUGGAACAGCCUAUCCACACAGGAGAAUUGAUAUCCGGCUUAUCCCCAAAGAUCAGUAUUACUGUGGUGUACUGUAUUUCACAGGAAGUGAUAUAUUCAAUAAGAACAUGAGAACUCAUGCUCUGGAAAUGGGCUUCACGAUCAACGAGUAUACAAUCCGUCCCUUGGGUGUCACUGGAGUUGCUGGGGAGGCCCUACCAGUAGAAUGUGAAAAAGACAUCUUUGACUAUAUCCAGUGGAAAUACCGAGAGCCAAAGGAUCGGAGUGAAUAACUGCUUGUCUAGGUGCUCAGGUGUGAUCAUUGUGCUGCUCUGCUGACUACUGUUUGACAAGAUGAACUGAAGCCACAGUCACAGUGCUGAAAAAAUUCUGGAUAUUGAGCAAUGUCAUUGAGAACUAACUGGCUUGCAGAUUUUGGUCUGGAAAUGAUGUGCACAGUGAAGCCUAGAAGCACAGCCUGAGGUGCAAAGGCAGCUUUCUCCCUCUUGACCUAUGAUAAGCAGCAUGUGAUCUGUCCUUUCUUCAGCCACUCUAUCUUGUCCACAGAUUCCUCCUAGCUGUUCUCCCUGUGACAAAUCAAUGUUCAACAUGCCCUGGCUGUGGAUUAGUGACCACCUUCCCCAGCCUCAUUCUGGCUUUCUCCUUUUAUUCAGCCCCAAAUGUCCUACUGAAAUGAUUUAAGAGAUCCAGAGCAAAUCCUAAGGUUUCCAUGUUUUCCCAUGUCAGGAACACACAACGUUACACUGUCAUGCAUGCUGAAGUGUGGUUUCUUUUAGACAAGAGCCCUCCCUUGCCAGUUCUGAACAAAUUUGUAUCUCCUUUGUGGAUGUUUCUCUUUAUCCAGAAAUUAAUCCUCGUUUACUGGCUAAGCAUCUGUUACAGGUUUGGCGAGGUAUGCAGAGAUUUUAUAAACGUGUGGAAAUUCUUGAUGUAUAUAAAAGAUUAUUUUCUGCCUCCUCUGCACUAGCUCUGCUGCCAAAUUUUCUGUUUUAAAAGUGGUGUGCUUUUCUUUUACUAAAUAAUGUAUCUGCUAAUGUCUUCCCUAUAGAGUUUGUCCAACUGAAACUGGCUGUGAGAACUGGUUUUGUGGCUUUUAAAACCACAAGGAUGUGUGUCUGUGUAGAGAUUGUUCUUAUACAAUUGCCUCUGUCUUUGUUCUCUGUGUCUUUGAUUAGAGUGCAGUUGCAUAUUCUGGAGAACUCCUUGGAAGUUCUCCAGAAUAGUUUUUCUAUGUAUCCAUUUCUCCAGUUGGGUAAGCAGGUGUGUGAGUGCUUGCAGUUCUUAUUUUAUGUGCUUAGCUCUUAGUGUAAUGGCCUUUAUGAGUGGUACAGCAAUGCAGAUGACUGUUCACAGUUGUCAGGAGCUCCCAAGAGCUUUAUGUUGCCCAAAGACAGCAAUAGCAGAAAGCAUUCCAUUUCUUUUUCUUCAUCUAAGAACAUCACUAUGCACAUUAACUAGAUUACUGUUAUAAGAAUUGUGCAGUUAUCCCAUUCCUCAUAACUGAGUCUAAAACAAAGGAAUGUUGUCAUUGCAUGUGACACAAUGUGGAGGUUAUGGUUGUAGACAUAGGCUUUUGCCAGGAUGGACCUUGCCUUUAUUUACAAAGUAAAGGAAAUGCCAAUACAGAACAGCAUUGUGGGUGUACCUCUGCUGCUAAUUUAGUGAAGGCAUACUGCACCUCUUCUUGGUUAACCAGCCUUCUCCUGGUUAAGAGAUUGAAAUUUUGAACUGAUGUAGGUAUUUGCCCACUCAGAACUGCAUAUUGGUCUGCUAGAUCUUUCUUCUGAUCUGUUUCUAGUUCUUCGUAUCUUAUGUAUGUGUAGAUACUGGAAUGAGAAAGCUAGCUGUGUCCUGAAGUACUCCUAAAGAAUACCAUUUUCAACUACUAUCUGUAUCUCCUUAUCUCUGUGUUAAGUGUCCUGAAGCUGAAGCUUAUGCUGAGCUGUUUCCAUGUCCUUACUUCUAAAAUCUUUCAAUAUGGCCAUAUGCUAAUGUGACCAUUCUGCUGUUGCACGUGACCCAUGUUCUUUGUUCCUAGAUAUGUUGUAGUACUAUUGGUUGCAGUGUUCUGUAUUUUGUUCAACUUGCCAUUACCCAGAAGACUGGUCUGAUUAAUAGAUGCAUUUCUACCACUCCUAUAGAGUCAAUUUGCUCUUUUUUGUAUGCAAACCUCUCGGCUCUGAUUUUAUAGCUCCUCUUAAAUCAUUGUGAAAGGUAAUGACUAUUUUGGAUGUGAGGGGAGGUCCUGUCAAGAUUGUAUUACUAGCUGUAUUUGGGACAGGGAUUCUGUUGGUUAACUUAAAACUUAACUAGUUUUAAGUAGUAAACUACUAACUUGGACAUAUUAUAUGGCAUCAGCAUGGAAUGUAUUGCUGCUACUGUAUUUGAAUACCUUGUAGGAGUUUAGGGCAAAUGUAUUACAGAAUUGCAAGCUUGAAAAGGCAAGACUAUUUUAUACAUAGUCAAAUUGACUAUUGCUAAUUAUGUAACACUCUUCUUGAUUUGUUAAUCAUUAGGUCUUCUAUCUGCCUUUACGGGGCCAGAGAGGAGUUUGCAUCUGUAUUGUCAGCCUAUGUAACCUGACUUGAAUCAUAAAACAAAGACAGAUGUAAUAGCGUUUCUUAUCUGACUUAAGCCUACAAAACAACUACAUUUUUACUUGUUCUUAUACCAGUUAGUGUUGAUCAGUCUUAGUAAUGGAGAUUAUAGACUGAUACUUUAUUUUCUUCCUUUUUUUUCCCUUUAUUUUCUUGUUUUUCCUGUUGGGAUUUUAAUUAUUUUCUGGGAAUGUUCCCCAGCCCUAAUGCAUGCAGUGGUAUGUAAGGUGACUAGAAGUUAACUUGGUACUAUAUGAAGUCUUACGAUGCCUCAUAGUAAAAAUAUAUAUAGCUGAUGUAUUUGGUGUUUUCUUCAAUAAUCAGUGGGAAUAAACAAAGUGAGAAUUCCAUCAUGAAUGU